GCUGAUCCACCUCCUCUUCCUCACAUCCAGCCUCCACUGCUGCUCAACAUGGACUCUCAGAAAACUGCUCACAUCCCUUUUUGUUCCUUCAAUGUCUGCUAGAAGUCAGCAGGGUGGGGCCUGGCGAGUUCCUGGAUGGGAGAAGCUGGGAAUCGCAGAUAGAUGCUGGAAGCUUUUAUCUGUCCAACCUGCAGAGGGCGCUGCUGCUGCUGGACUGGAAACAGCCUGAAGAACCAGAGGAGGAAUUAUUCUGAAGAUAUGGAGAGAAAACACACAACUAAACAGUGGAGCAGCUACAAUCAGUGAUUUUAGACACUGUUGGCUGAUUUCGUCUGGAAGAUAUCAGAUAAAUGGAGGAAAAUGUUCAAUAUUUCACAUUAAAACAGCAUGAAAGUGAAUUAGUGAGGCAGGUUCUCAGUUGUAAGGACAUUAAAUGAUCCUUAAAAACAGAAUUUACAAAGUGAUGUUGUGGCUCUAGAGGCUCAAAGUGUGACAUUUACCAAACUGUGUGGAAUUAUGAGAGUCAAAUAUACUAAUGAAGCAAUGAAAUGGGAAAGAAUGAGUGAAAUUCUUCAAAGUUUGAUUGGAUUCAUCUCAUCUAAAGGACAUUUUCAUGAAUGUGGAAAAACGACAGGAAGUGGUUUAAAGCAAAGAGCCAGAAAAAGUCAUAAAGUGAUCAAAUCCAAGAAGAGACUAAAGGAGAGCAGAACACUAAACUAUUGAGCUUCCACAUUGAAAUGAGGAGUGGAUUAAAGUCCACAGCAGCAGACAAAGAAGAAGAUGAAGCCAGAGAAGGUUUGGAUUCCUCAGGUGACAUGUAGAGUGUAGAUUCCCUCUCUGACUGUAGUUCCUGUAAAACAGCUUCUCAGGACAUUUAGUGUUGAAAUGGAGUCAUCACUUCUGGGAUUGAUUCUUCUUUAUUCUUCCUAAAAGCUUCAUAUUUACAGAAUUAGAAAGAAAUGGAAAAUGUUCCCAAACACACAUUUUCACAGAGUUCUGUUCUAACUCACCACAAACUGAUCCAUCAGGUUUCCUGCUUGGUUGUCUUGACAACAGUGAUGUGACACCACUUCCUGUUCCUCAAAUUAGUUCUGCUUUUACCAUCUUCAUGUUGCAGCUCCUUUUCUCCGUCUGAAUGUGGAGUCCUGACUGGUUCCAGGAAACAGAUCACCUGUCUGAGCGUCCAUAUCACACAGGUGGGUGUUCACAGUUAGCCUCCCUUAUCAUGUGAAUGUCGAGCACACCAGCUCGUGUGAUUCAUUUAUUUUUUAUUCAAACAGGUACGAAAAUAGCUGCUAUUAUGUUGAUUGUUUUGUUCUCUGAUGUGUUAGAUAAAACAGAUAAGUUUCUGGAUGGUUUUAUUAAUUUACUUUGCUGUUAAAAUAUUUUAAUUAUUUGAGAUCAUUUUUAUUAACUUUGGAUUGAUUGCCUGCAGCUGAAACCCAGCAGCAAUCAGCUGGUAGCCAGAGGGCGAGCGACCGGGAGAGGGAGACAGGAGGGAAAAGAGGAAAAAGGGCAAGAGCAGGAGUGGGACCAUGACAGGAGUAGCUGUCUCCAUUUAGGCUUAGCAGCUAGUUCCCUCUGUGAAGUUGUCAGAUCAUGUAGAAAUCUUUUUCCUGCUUCGUUGCCCUGACAACAGUGAUGUCACGGCCCUUCCUGUUCCUCAAGUGAGUUCUGAUUUUACCGUCUUCAUGUUGCAGCUCCUUUUCUCCGUCUGAAUGGAGCCACGAUGACGUCAGAGGUGCUCUUGAACAUCCUGGAGGAUCUGAGAGAUGAUCAGCUGUCUACAUUCCAGUGGUUCCUGAAGCAGCCCAACAAUGUUCAAGACCUCCCAGCGAUCACAAAAUGCCGACUACAGACACUAGACAGGUGUGAGACUGUGGAUGUGAUGGUGGAGACUUAUGGACUUCAGAGAGCUGUGCAGGUGACCAGGGUGGUUUUAGAGAAGAUCUCCAGGAAUGAUCUGCUGCAGAGGAUUCCUGCCAGCAGCUCAGGACCAGAAGUGCAUGUCAGUGAUGUUGGAGAACCUUCAGAGAACAGAGAACCUUCCUCCUCUCAGACUCAGCCUCCUCUUCCUCAGACUGAAGAUGAGACUGUUCCGGUACCAGAACCACGUCCCAUCAGAUAUUACCAACAGAAGCUUCAGUCAAACUUCCAGCACACAUUUCUGGUUACAACAGAGGGGUGGGCAACAGAUGAGGAGCGUCUGGUUGAUAUCUACACAGAGCUGUACAUCACAGCUGGCCGGGACGUGCACGUCAACACACAGCAUGAGGUCCUACAGAUUGACAAGGUGUGGAAGCCAUCAGACACAGAGACACAGAUCCAACCCACAGACAUUUUCAAGCAUCGUUCUCGAAAAGACAUACCCAUCAGAACAGUGCUGACCAAUGGGAUUGCAGGGAUUGGAAAAACAUUUCUUGUGCACAAGUUUGUGUUGGACUGGGCUGAAGAAAGAACCAAUCAAGACGUGCAUCUUAUUUUCCCAUUCACUUUCCGUGCCCUGAAUUCACUGCAGGGAAAAGAGUUUGGUUUGGCAGAGCUCAUUCAUUUCUGUAUCCCAGAAACUAAAGACGUCACAGUGGAGGCUCUGAAUUACAUCUUUACAGCUCUGCAAUCAUCAGGAAACAGCAGCUACUACAAGAGCAGAUUCAAACUGCUGUUUGUGUUUGAUGGACUGGACGAGAGUCGCCUUCAUCUGGACUUUGAUGUCAACAACAUUCCCUCUGUAGACAUAACAAAGUCAACUAAAAUAGAAGUCCUGCUGAGGGAACUUAUCAGUGGAAACCUGUUGCGCUCAGCUCGCCUCUGGAUAACCACACGACCUGCAGCAGCCAAUCAGAUCCCUGAAAACCUCGUCAACACUACAACAGAGGUCAGAGGAUUUACUGACCCACAGAAGGAGGAGUACUUCAGGAAGAGAUUCAAGGAGCAGGCCAGCAGCAGCAUCAUCUCCCACAUGAAGACAUCACGAAGCCUCCACAUCAUGUGCCACAUCCCAGUGUUCUGCUGGAUCACUGCUACAGUUCUGGAGGAGCUGCUGGAAACCAGAGAGGGAGGAGAUCUGCCCAGAACCCUGACUGAGAUGUACACAGAGUUUCUAAGAUUUCAGAUUGGUCACACAAAAGAAAAGUACGGUCCAGAGAAGUGCAUUCGGUUCAUGAAGUCAUUAGCUAAACUGGCUUUUGAACAGCUGCAGAGAGGAAACCUGAUCUUCUAUGAGAAAGAUCUGAGAGAAAGUGGCAUUGAUGUGAGUGAAGCCUCAGUGUACUCAGGAGUGUUCACAGAGAUCUUCAAAGCAGAGCGAAGACGGAAACAGGAAGACAAAAUGUUCUGCUUUGUCCAUCUGAGUGUUCAGGAGUUUCUGGCGGCUCUUCAUGUCCAUCAGACCUUCAUCAACUCUGGAAUCAACCUGCUGGAAGAACAACAACAAACAACAUCAUGGUCGUCAAAACUGUUCAGAGAGAAAGUUGAUCCAACAGUUUUCCCCCAGAGAGCUGUGGAUGAGGCCUUACAGAGUCCAAACGGACACCUGGACUUGUUCCUGCGCUUUCUCCUGGGUCUGUCACUGCCGACCAAUCAGAAUCUACUACCAGGCCUGAUGACGCAAACAGGAAGUAGCUCACAGACCAAUCAGAAAACAGUCAAGUACAUCAAGGAGAAGAUCAAUGAGAAUGUGUCUGCAGAGAGAACCAUCAAUCUGUUCCACUGUCUGAAUGAACUGAAGGAUGUUUCUCUAGUGGAGGAGAUCCAACAGUCCCUGAGAUCAGGACGUCUGUCCACAGAUGAAAUGUCUCCUGCUCAGUGGUCAGCUCUGGGCUUCAUCUUACUGUCAUCAGGAGAACAGUUGGACGUGUUUGACCUGAAGAAAUACUCUGCUUCAGAGGAGGUUCUUCUGAGGCUGCUGCCAGUGGUCAAAGCCUCCAAGAAAGUUGUACUGAGUGGCUGUAAUUUGUCAGAGAGAAGCUGUGGAGCUCUGUCCUCAGUCCUCAGCUCCCAGUCCUCCAGUGUGACAGAGCUGGACCUGAGUAACAACAACUUGCAGGAUUCAGGAGUGAAGCGUCUUUCUGUUGGACUGCAGAGUCCACACUGUAAACUGGAAGCUCUCAGGCUGUCAGGCUGUCUGGUCACAGAGGAAGGCUGUGCUUCUCUGGCCUCAGCUCUGAGCUUGAAGACCUCAAAUCUGAGAGAGCUGGACCUGAGCUACAACCAUCCAGGAGACUCAGGAGAGAAGAUGCUGAGAGCUAAAAUGGAGGAUCCACACUGUAGACUGGAAACUCUCAGGGUGACGCCUGCUGGAGUCCAAUGGUUGACACCAGGUCUGAGGAAGUAUUCCUGUCAACUCACAGUCGACACCAACACAGUAAACAGAAACCUCAAACUGUCUGACAACAACAGGAAGGUGACAAAUGUGCAGAAGGAUCAGCCGUAUCCUGAUCAUCCAGACAGAUUUGACUGGUGGCAGCUGCUGUGUGAAACUGGUCUGACUGGUCGCUGUUACUGGGAGGUGGAGUGGAGAGGAGUCGUUGAAAUAUCAGUGAGUUACAGAGGAAUCAGAAGGAAAGGAGACAGUGAUGACUGUUGGUUUGGAUCUAAUGAUCAGUCCUGGAGUCUGAUCUGCUCUAAUGGUGGUUACUAUGUCUGGCACAAUAAGAGUGAAAUGUCCAUCAGGUCCUCCUCAGUCUCUCACAGAGUUUCAGUUUAUGUGGACGUUCCUGCUGGAACUCUGUCCUUCUACAGAGUCUCCUCUGACUCUCUGAUCCACCUCCACACCUUCAACACCACAUUCACUCAACCUCUCUAUCCUGGAUUCUGGGUCUGGUCUGGUUCCUCAGUGUCUCUGUGCUGAGUUGAGUCUCCAGAGUCUCCUCCUGGUACAGAAACAGUGUUGAACAGAUAGUUGAGUCUCUCCAUGACUCUGUCCCUCACAAACAUGUUUUCACAUUCAUGGAUUAAAUGUGUUUCUUUUCAAAUCCUUCUAAAUGAUUCCUUGUAAACUUGUUCCUCUUCAAAGAUGGAAGUUGUGAUUCUUCCAGGAGCCAAAUGUGGUGUUUGCGUCUUUUUCCAGUCAAAUGUUGAGAGUGAAAAUCAGGAUGUGGUGUUCCUCUGAUGCUCACUUGAACUAAAAGCAUUUGAGCUGCACAAAGUGUGAAAUGAGAGAGGAAGCAGUGAAUCUCCAAACUGCUGACAGACUUUCACACAUUAUUGUCCAGUGAAAAUCAGCUUUUUGCGCAGCCACACUUGAUCCUGAUGUGAGUCUUUAAGUCCUGUUCUAGUGAUGAAAUAAGAACUUCCUUCAUCUGUAUCACUCUUUCCAAAGUAUUCUGUGCUCUUCUGUCAUUUAUGUCUUAUUGAUGGAUCCAUUUUUCAUUUUUACAAUAAAUAAGUGCUUCAAUCCGUUAUUUUUUUUAUAAGAUUCUGAAUUUCUGGUUUCAUCAACAAAUUCUACCAGAUUUUAUGUUUCCAUCACAUCUCCCAUAACCCUAGCUUUCUCUGGAUAAAAAUGUUUUCAGCAUCGAUAUGAUUCCAGUAGAAUUUAAACCCACCAGGACUAUCCAGAUUACAGUGAACUCUGUAAAUUCAACAUUUUUUAACCUAUUUAAUUCUAUAAAUGUUGUGUUUGGCCGUUAAAGGAGGUUUUCCUCACAUUGUGGUGUAUUUGAACCCUUCCAUGGUCUAAAUUCUUUGAACAGAUCUUGUGCUGUAAUCAAUGUCUAACUUAGUUUUUAUUUUCAUUGCAGUGGUUGAUUUUUUCUGAACAAGAUCAAUGAUUUUUUUAAUACAUCUUUCUCCACUUUUAUUUGCUCUGCCUGUGGCUUUUAAACUAUUCUAACUUUCUUUUUUAUUCAAUAAAUGACUAAUAACACA